AUGCCUAAUCCACCUACAAAGAUAAACACGAACGAAAUUGCCCAAAAUUUCCUGAAUAAGUUCGACACUUUCCUCUUCGAUUGUGAUGGUGUCAUAUGGUCAGGCAAUCGUCUAUUGCCAAAUGUGAAGGAAUUUUUAGAGAAACUAAGACAUUUGGGUAAACAAUUCAUGUUCAUUACUAAUAAAUCUACCAUUCCACGCAAACAAUUUGUCGAAGUAUUCAAAUCUUUUGACAUAGAAAUAUCAAUAGAUCAAGUCAUCAACUCUGCGUACUCUUCCGCAAUGUACGUUCGAGACGUUUUGAAAUUACAGCCUGGUAAAGAUAAGGUAUGGGUAUUCGGAGAAUGUGGUAUACCAGAAGAACUAAAUUUAAUGGGAUUCAAAACUCUAGGUGGCGUCGAUCCAAGAUUAAAUGAGCCGUUCGACGCCGCCACUUCCCCAUUCCUUGUAGAUGGCCUUGAUGAAGAUGUCCGUGCCGUCGUAGCUGGGUUUGAUUCUAAGAUAAAUUAUCACAAGUUAGCUGUUACUCUUCAAUAUUUAUUGAAAGACAAAGAAAUCCCACUGGUUGGGGCCGAUGCUGAUAGAGUGUUCCCGGAGAGAGGACGUGUGCUCCCUGGCGCAGGGCCUAUGGUUGAAUCUCUGGCAUUUCAAUCUGGUAAAGUCCCCACUUACUGCGGAAAACCAACAAUGAACAUGCUCAAUGUCAUCGUUUCAAGUAAACAUCUUGACAAAUCCAGGUGCUGCAUGGUGGGUGAUAUAAUGGAAGUGGACAUUGCAUUUGGUAAAAAUGGUAACCUUGGCGGUACUUUGCUGGUACUAAGUGGAGUUGAGACUGAAAAGAGUCUUCAAGAACCCAAAGAGGGCAUUCCAACACCAGAUUUUUACGCUGAAAACCUUGGUGCCAUAUACAACUUGUUAAAAUGA